AUGUCGGACCCCCCUAAAUCACACGAAACCCAAUAUGGUGCUUCUGUGGCUCCUUCUGUCGAAAAAGAAAUGACCGCUCGAGACAUUGCUGUUCAAGCUGAAGCGCCUGCCAAGAGAUCUUCUCAAGUCGAAACCUCUGCCGAGACUGCUAUCCAUCAGUUUGCCGGACCCGAAAACAACUUUCGCAUGGACGCUCAGAAACCAUCAGACAGUGGCUGGGUCCAUGCCCUCGUUGAUAUUGAUGAAUCUCUCCUCCCUGGAUUUGCAAACGAAACCAUCCAGCACGUCAGUCUUGGCCCAUACAGAGGCUUUAACGCCCGAUUCAAGCUUGAUAUGGGACUUUACUUCAAGCCAGCAAUGAAAAUGCAGUUUAUGGUUCGACAUGGAUCCAAAACUCAUUUGUUUGCCAUCGUAAUCAUUCCACUACAUGUGAUUCUCGGAAAGUCGCAUAUUACGGACAUCCAGACCGCCGACUAG